UUCAAAAUUUCGCGCUGGCCGUUCCCAACCUCCGUGUCACCGCCAGGGCUUUCGCGCCAAAAUCUUGAGUAUUCCUGCGCAAAGAGCAUGAUGGCCCGGACACCCUGUUGAUACUUAGUAGGGUCUCGAAGGGAGGAAGCGAAAGGAAAGGAUAUACGAAUAGAAAGGAUGAAGGAAUUAUCAGCUGGUUAUAUAAACAAUCUUAACUUAUUUUAAACAUGUUGACUUACACUUAGGGAAGUGUCUGGUCGUGAAUAUUGCUCUAUCCGAUAUAGCUGUCUCACGUACCCCCACUAGUGAAGUUUGGCGGGAAUUGAUACUCACGUGGUACGCCAGGCACGCGUUCACGGAAAGUGACAGCAAGAUGGCUUCCCGGCCGGACGGCUACGAGUCCGGGCAUUAUUCAUCCCCAGAAUUUACCACCGAAACUUUGUUCAAGUACAAGUAUGGUGUGGCAUGCGUAUCGAAUGUUGACGGAAGAGGGAAUGUGUCUAUAUACGCCAUGAUUAGAAGACAGCGGAAAAAUUCCAAACCCAUUUUCGACUACGCGAACAUCUUGAUUUACGUCGGCGGUGAGAUAAGAGACGGGUUCUGCAACGCAAACUUAAAGGAAGGCGAAGCUCUUCGUUUUAUGCAGACGCACAUCGAACUUUCAAGAGGAAGAACCAUCAGAAUGAUUUCUGUUCCCGUCGAAGAAGUUUCAGCGAUGUUCGUGCUGCCGCUACAGAAGAAAGCUAUGGAGAGGGGCCUGGGCUUCCCUGACCCUAACACAGCGAGCGCAUUUGAGUAUUUCAAACAAGUCGCCAAGAACUGCCCCUAUCAAACUGUGGAGGAAUUCUUUGAUGCUAAACUUGGAAAAGGUCCCCGAAAGCCUGAUCGAACCAAGUUCAGUGGUCACAGAGGAGAACUAGAAGCAUGGUGGCUGGAAAGGUCGGAGCUGUUGUAUCAUGACUGCCCUCUUCCACCUCGCCCACCCACCCUUAACAUGACUAAUCUGGGUGCUAUGAUGGAAGAGGCAAGCUUCAUGUCCGGGCUCAUGCAACAGGCCAGCCAGUGGAGUAGAAACCAGGAGGAGACUGAAUCGUGGAAGAAAGUUGCAGUUCAGAGGUUUACCACCCCCCUGAACUACGAGAGAUUUAGUGGAAUGGCCAAGGUUCAAGCCCUAUGGUACAUUUGGAUGGGUGAUCCUGGAAGAGCUGUGGUUAUGGUGGAAGCUUGGCAGGGGUUCGAAAGAGACAAGACAGCAGGAAAAGUUCUUGAUGAAGACAAUGUCGUGGUUGAAGUCAUCUUGGAUUCAACUCUUAGCAAUCUCUCGGGUAGAGGGAUGUGCAUUGGUCAGAGCACAAUUGAUGCAAGAUUGACACCAAAGAGCCAGUGUGACACUUGCUUGAGUCCUGCAUCUUCAGGAAAGAAACGCCAAGGUCUAAAUGUGUUGACUUGUCUCGACAAAGAGGCCAAUGGCGAGUUUGGACAUAAAGGUGUUCGUGUGAACGUGGCAAAAUUGCUCUAUGCAGUCUACAAAUUUGGCGUCAACAAAGAUUUUGAGACAUCUGCUAGCCACUGCUUCAGAGAAGCUCUCCACACCUUUCUAGAGCAUUCCUUUACUGUCCUGUAUUGGAGAAUCAAACCCACAAACCCCAUGACGGCAGCAACGGAGACUGAAGCAGUUCCACGGUUCAUUGAAUUACUGAAUGUCAACAAAAAACUUGAUGUGAAUGAAUGGGUGAAUUCCUGUACCACUGUGUUGGGAGAAGCCCUUGUAAAGCAUUGUAGCAGCAAACUCGGUCAAGGAGAUGUAAAGAAGCUGUGUGAAUUGUUUCGCUCAAAGAUGAAUAAGAUUUUAACAGAGUUCAAGAAGCUGGUUAAAGAUGAGGCAAAAUCAACACCAUCCGAAGAACUCACAGAGAAAGAUGUGAGCAUGGAUCUCUUGAGGAAAACUGUUGCUCCUACCAUGGCUCAGCAAUUCAAGCGAAAAUGGAGGCUCCUGUCAAAUGCAAAAAGAAAGAAAAUGUUGACAACAGACAAGAAGUGUCUCUUUGAAGCUUGCUGUGAGACUUUCAAGCAAAUGGAGAUGAUUGAUGAAAAUAAUGGAGGGGAAAGCACAUCAGAGCAAGAGAUGACUAAUGGCAAGGAAAGUGAGGGCAGUGCAACCCUGAGCUAUGAUGAAGAAUGUUUUGAGUCCCAGGAGGUGACUAACUGUGAGGAAACCAAAUCAAGCAUCCCAGUCACCCAGAGUAAAUUAUCAAAGGAAUCUGAGAAUGACAUUGAAAUAGAAACCCAUUUUCCUGCAAAGUGCAGUGGUGAUUCUUGCCCAUGUACAGAUAGUCACAAGUUUUGGCAGCAUUUGGUUGGCGUUUUGUCUGGUGAUAAGAAUCCUAUCCCUUUCUACAAGUGCCUUCCUAAUGGAGAAAUAAUGCUGAAAGGAGAUCUUUUCCAGGAUCAGGAGGGUAAUUUCUUUGAUGACAUCAUUGUCCUAAAUGAAGAGUUCAUAUCUGGAACCAUCAUGCCAAUUGAAGACGAGAUCUUUUCCGAAUGCCUCAGACUCUCCUUACUUUGUAAGAUGGCAUGUCACCGGAUAGUUCCAAUCCUGCUGAUGAGCAUUAUCCAUGAGUUUGCUGAGUUAGAGAAGAAAGACAACAUCCGAUUUGAAUGCCAGCCCUGCCAAGGUUGCGGCCAGCUUGAGAGUCAGCCAGGUGACUUCAGGAGAUGUGGUGGAUGUAAAAGUGUUUACUACUGUGGGAAGAAAUGUCAAGCUCAAGAUUGGAAAGCUGGGCACAAACAGAAAUGUCAGGCACCAGGCAAGGACAAGUAAAGUACAGUAUUCCACUGGAAGAUUUUCCAAGCUACACUGGACUAGAGAGGUUGUUAUCAUUACUCAGAGAGACAGAGUAAUGCUGUUAAGCUAUUAUGAACACUUCAGGGUUUCGACAUACUUUUCUAAUAGUCCUAGUUGACUUUUUAUUUUAGAUACUUUUUGUAAUCAGUUUACUCUGGAUAAUGUUUUAUUAUUACCUGACCCCAUUUGAUUAUUUAGAAUAACACGUGUAACACUGAUGCUGAUUACAUGCUUAAUGCUAGAGUAGGUAAAACUCUCCUUCAGAGCAUUGGAAAGAUUCCACAAGACCACAGGGAGCACACAAUCUUGUUGAGAAGAAAGAGAGUAAAUAAAGGAAUGAAGAGAACCAUUUCGCUCUGCAAAAAUUUUUUCGUUUACAUAUAACAUUGACAAGGGAGGCAAGUCUUUGACCAAACAUUUUGAAUGCAAUCCAAAUAUUUGCUUGAAUCUCUCAAUUUCUUUGCUUCCAUGAAACCAAACAAACACAAAACGAAGUUGAAAGAUUUUUCUACAACUUGGCUGAAUUUGUUUUCUAAUACUUUAACAACAGUCAGAGAAUUUAAGUGUCUUUAGCAAAAUUUUUUCUCAAAUUGCUUUUCACAACAUGAUCGUACCGUUGAACCGGUACCAAUCACGUCAUCCAGCUCGAGCUCCCCUCCCUCUCCCACAGAUGCUUUUUUGACAAGACAAAUCUUUACAAACCCCUCCCCUGGUUCACAGUUUUUCUUGGGUGUCUGGAGUCACCCGAUCUCUAAACAGAAAUGAAAUGACAUGAGUUAAUACCUGAAGCGUUUUUAGCGAGAUUCUGCGUUUAAAAUUGGGAGCUGAGAAAGGACUUUAAAAAUUUGUCAUGUCAAAAAAGCACUUGUGGGAGAGGGAAGGGAGCUUGAGUGCAUUUUGGAUGAAGUGACUGGUACCGUUCCAACAGUUUGAUCAUGUUGCAAAACGUUUUUUGAGAAAAAACUUUGCUUAAGACGCUAAAAUUCUCUGACUGUUGAGAAAGUAUGCGAAAACAAAUUUGGCCGAGUCGUAGAAAAAUCUUUCAACUUCGUUUUGUGUUUGUUUGGUUUCAUGGAAGCAAAGAAAUUUAGAGAUUCAAGCAAAUAUUUGGAUUGCAUUCAAAAUGUUUGGUCAAAGAGUUGCCUCCCUUGUCAAUGUUAUAUAAACCAAAAAACAUUUGCGGUGCACAAAAAGGCCUAAGUAAGAGUUUAGCACUACUAUGUUACGCAGGACUUGUAGGUAGCAGUGUUCCCUAUAAGGUUGCGUAAGAAAUAACAAGAGGAGACAAAGGCUAACUAUUCGUUCUCUUCACUCCUUUAUUUACUCUCUUCCUAUUCAACAAGAUUGUGUGCUUCUUGUGUUUUAAAAUGUUAUAGCAGAUCUUGGGCUUUUGGUAUUAUUCAGAGAUUAUAUCAAGAUGUUAUGUUGUUACUAUUUGGCCCCUGAAUUGACAUAAUUUUUUCCGGGUACCUCAAAAAUUAGAAGUAUAUUUCGUAAAAGAAAGAAGCUUUUUUCCAAGUUAUUGUUUAGCAACAAAAACUUUUGUGUUUGGAAAUAGUUGUGCAUCAUUGCCUGUCAGUUUUUGCAAACCCCUUAUAUCCUCAGUGAUUGCUGAUGAACCUGUGUUUAUAGAGCACCUAACCCCCCAAGUAUUUAUUUGAUAAAACAAAACUUCUUGUUAUUCAAAGCAUUUCUGCAAAAAAAUUAGCAUUUGGUUGAAUCCUCCAUACUAUGCCCUUUUGAAGUGCACUUGAAUUAUUCCGUGUCUGGCUUUAGGGAGUCUGGGGCGGGAGAUGCUGAUCCCCUAGUCAGCUCUCUGUAUUUGCUUGAGAAAAUGGAAACCAAACUAAUCCUUGUAAUAUAUUCUGAGACUAAAAUGUCUAAAUUUUGAUUUGCCCCCAAAUUCCCAACUUUGCUUGUUCUAAAAUAUUGUUCAACAGUCUAAUAACCAUUGGAUAUUUUAGAGUCUUGAAGUGGAAGGUACAGUUUUUUUUUUUUUUAAUUUUCAAUUGACUGCACUUUUUUUAAGACAAAUAUAGAAUAUGUCAGGCUUAAAUAUGCUUGCCUUGAACGUUUUUGGCCAAAAUUUGCAUCAAGGAUGCAAGUGCCUAGUUUCGUGUAGGGGAAAACCUGUGUAAAUGUUAAAUAAGAGAGGAGUUGGGCAUUUGUUUUUGUUGGGUAUAGGGAUAUUUCAUACAUUGUCAUAGCAUUACAAGGUAAAUAUUUCCUUGGCAACAACAGAGCAGAUAACAGUUGUUUAUAAGAUUAAUUUUAGAGAUCUAUGUUUUAGGCCUAUAUUCAUAUGAUCACCUGGUAAUCACUAAGACGGUUUUACGAAGUUAGGAAAUCAAACCCAGAUAAUUUAGUGACAGGUAUCAUCAGCUAUUUCAUUUCAAUAUACAGGUGUCAAAUGGUAGCACAUGUGUUACAGCAGUAUAUAGCACAGCUGUUUCACAUACUAGUCACAACUCUCACAUGUGUUCUUGGUUACGGUUUCAACUGAGAACAAUGCAGUGCUUGCUCCAGUUUUAUUUGCAUCCAAGAGGAUGACAACAAAAGAUAUCUGAAGAGAUUAGUUGCACAUGUGGCAAUUUAGUAAUUACUAACAAUUGCUGGUAAUCAUACACUGUCAGAUUCCAGCAUCAACAAUAUCUCAUGGUACCUAAAAAACAAAUGCCUUAUAUAUAGUAACAUUUAUCAUAUUUGAUGAACUGAGAAAUUUAGAUGUUAAAGUUGUUAUGAUAAUAUUAUAUGAUGAGUAGAGAUUUUUGAAAAUAAUACCAAGGCUGGAAGUGAAUAA